AGCAGCACGACCGAGACGUGACUAAGCAGGUGGCUAACGACGUGGCGGAGGAGAGCACUAGCAGCUUGACUAACGCUUUCAGUGCCAGUAGUGCUAACCAGCAGCGGCCGGAUACAACUGACGGUGUGCACUAUCCCUUCUACACCGCAGAGUGCACCUAUGUAGAGAGGGGGAAGGUACCCCUGGAAAAGCCUGCUGAAUUGUUCGAGACAAAAACAAAGGUAGAUGACCUGAGUACGAUCAAAUCAUCCAAUGUAAGGUCUGACACGGAUUUCUUUACGAGCACGUGGGAUGAUCAGCCGUUCCCGAUACCGGUGGCAUUUAAUAUUCGUGACUUAUCGCUGGAGCAGUUUAAAAGAAUGAACGAAUUCUUUUCGAGCUCGUCCUCUAUCACCAAUCCAGACUACUUUGACAAGAAAGACACGAAACACUCUGAGGCAGACAGCAAGUCGUGGAAGGAGGGAAACACGGAAUACCGCAGCUCUACGACCAAGAUGGAAAUGUCUUCGUCCACCAUAUCGAGGAAGACCACUGUUGUGAACGGUCCAGGGGACCAGCCACCUCAGCCUUAUCCUGCACAACCUGCGACCACCUCUCGCAGCUCAUCCCAGACCAGAGAGGCCACAUCGUCUUCGCUUUCCACACAAAAGGAGAUCAGAGAAUCCUCGGAACAUGCGCCAGGACCUGUGACACGCCCAGUUGACACGCAUGACGUGCAGAGAGAUACCAGUAAACAAAUGUCGACGACACGAGUACAUGACAUCAGUUCAGAGAUGAGGACUGUUAAAACAGACUUAGACAAGCCUGAUAACAUCUCGCGACCGACCGGUGUGAGUGCCGUCAUUCCCGUUCAGAUUGAGCACCAGCCUGCUGUCGCGCCUCAGGAUAGGACCACCAAGACCGAGAGUAGAUAUGAAAGCAAGUUUACCAGCAUAACCAAAAGUCACGAGGCACCCAGCCCAGCCGACCAUGUUCCAGCGCAGCCGGUAGAGACUGCAAAACCUCCGGCCUCUUGGAAGCCCGUUGAAUAUCCCAGUCCAAACGUUGUCACGGACGCCAGGGACCACACAUCUACGAGCACUAGCACAAAAACGACGUCCGAAACUAAAUCCGAGCCAUCGCCAAUACCCAGGCCGAUCCAGGCGCCGGAAGAAGCGCCUGCUAAGACGGAGAGUAAGCAAACCUUCAUGCGGACAUUCCGUAGCACGGCAACGACCGACGAAAAGCCGGAUGUCCCGACACCGAUCGAAAAACACAAAGCUCUUCCAGCACAAAAGCCCGUCAAGAAAAUUAAACAAAAACCCGUAGAAAAAGUUCCACUACAAUCACCUGAGGAGGUCCCAUGGACAGCUGAGCAUAGAAAGCCCCGACCAAAGAAGCAUGAGGUUAAGCUGCAUGCGCCAGCUAUUCCUGUGACUCAGCCCGUGAGCGAGGUGCCCAUUAUGUCAGCUUCACCCAAACCAUUCACUCCUCUACAGAAACCUGAUGUCCCUGCUGACCAGCGCGACACCAACACAUCUGAGACCACCAAGUGGAGUAUAAGGGAUGUUCAUAAGCCAGUGGUAUUUCAGCCCCUUUCCCCAAAGCCCUCUGAAGUCCUAGAUCUGCCCACCAGUGACACAAUGGAGACUUCGGUGCGUAAGACAACAGCUACAAAGGAGGUCAAAACAGAGUCGGAGACCAAACCCCUAUACCCACCUGCUCCUGUUAUGCCAGACAUUCCUGUGGCUUCCCAAACAGAGCAGCAAAAGCGCAUGGAAGAAAAGUUCUUUAAGAAAGUUGUUGAGCACCAGGAGUCCAAAGAAUUGCCUGAAGUGCCUGCACCUACGCCAGCCCCAGUUUACGACGCUCCUCGUCCGGUCGUUGGCCCACAACCACAGCUGAAGGAAUCUCCUGUCAUCAGUCCCGCGCAGGCUCCGAAAGCGCCCCGGACGGAGCAGCAAAAACGCAUGGAGGAAACGUUCAGAAAGAAAGUGAUCCAGAACCAAGAGUCCAAGGAAUUGCCUGAAGCACCUGUACCUGUGCCAGCCCCGAUUUAUGAAGCACCUCCUCCAGCCGAACAACCAGCACCGCAGCCAAAGGAAUCUCCGGUGGUGCGUGACUUCCGCGAUUCUAAGCACUGGGAGGUCAAAACGUUCCAGACCACAAAGGAAGCUGUUGCGCCAGUUGAAGCAUCCCCAGUCCCCAGUCAGACCGAGCAACAGAAGAAGAUGGAGCAGAAGUUUUUCAAACACCUUCGGGAGACUGAAGAGAGGGUCCCUGAGGCACCAGCUGAGGUGCCUGCUCCGGAACCGACCCCGCCGGAACUGCGUGAUAUUCGAGAAUUUCACUCGCAACAAACUCACCAAACUAAGACAAUCAUAACAAGAACACAGGAGCCUACACCAGUACCUGAGCCAAUUCAGCCCGCGUACGUCGAGCCUGUACAGGCUCCGGAGGGACCUCGGACGAUGAAACAGGAACACAGGAAACAAACUUUCACGAAGGUCACCAGGCACGAGGAAUCUGAGGAACAACCCGAAAAGAUUGAGCCCAAGCCAGCCCCAAUCUACGAUGCACCUCGUCCAUUUGUACGUCCCCCGUCGCAGCCGCAGGAGUCUCCCACGAUCAGGGACUUCCACGAUUCCACGCACAAAGAGUUCAAGACGCACAAAACCACCAAGGAGACUGUCGUACCAGUGGAGGCACCAGUUUCAGUCCCAAGCCAGACUGAGCAGCAGCGAAAGAUGGAGCGUAAGUUUCUGAAACAGCUGCAGGAAACAGAAGACAGAAUUCCUGUUUCGCCCGUGCCGGAGCCAGUUACAAAAGAUGUGCCAGAUGUGCACGAAUAUCAUGCCCAACAAAUUUGUAAAUCUAAGACGAUAACUACAACCACACAAGAACCGAUCCCACUGCCUGAGCCAGUUAAACCUGUGUGGGUCGAGCCUGUGCAGACUCCAAAGGCACCCCAGACGCUGCAGCAAAAACGAAUGGAAGAAAAGUUUGUGAAGAAGGUCAUCGAACACCAAGAGUCUAAAGAACUGCCCGAUAGCGUUGAGCGAACGCCGGCUCCAAUCUACGACACUCCUCGCCCUUCUGCACGUCCACUGCCGCAGCCGAAGGACUCACCUGUGAUCCAAGACUUCCGUGAGUCUGAGCAUCAACAGUUCAAGACGUUUGCAAGUACCAAGGAAACUGUUGCCCCGGCCGAAACACCAGCUCCAGUUCCAAGCCAGACUAUGCAACAGAAAGUUUCGGAGCUCAAGCUUCUGAAACAGGUUCAAGAAAAAGACAGCUUUCCAGACGUGCCUGCCCCAAAACCGGCGCCUGAGCCGUCACCACAAGAACCACAAACCGUCCAUGAAUUGCGCACGCAGCACGUGCAACAGUCCAGGACUAUCACUACAACGACCAUACAGCAACCGACACCAUUGCCUGAGCCAAUGAAGCCUGUAUGGGUCGAGCCUGUGGAGGCUCCGAAAGCGCCUCAGACCGAGCAACAAAAACGCAUGGAAGAAAAGUUCAUGAAGAAAGUCAUCGAGCACCAGGAGUCAAAGGAACUACCCGAAGUGCCUGCACCAAUGCCAGCGCCAUUGUAUGAAGCUCCUCGUCCAGUCGAACGCUCAGCACCCCAACCAAGCGAAUUUCCUGUGGUACAAGAUUUCCAUGAUUUCACACACCGUGAAUUUAAGUCGUACACAACUUCUAAGGAAACUGUGGUGCCGACUGAAGCACCAGCUCCAGUCCCAAGUGCGAUCGAGCAACAGAAGAAGAUGGAGCGCAAGGUUCUAAAGCAGGUCCAGCAGACGGAUGAAAAGGUGUCUGAAACACCGGCUCCGGCUCCCGCUCCGAAACCGGCGCCACCAGAUACGCACGAUGUAAGAGAAUUUCACACUCAGCAAACGCGCCAGCACAAGACGAUCACGACAACAACGCAACCGACACCAUCGCCUGAAGCGGUGAAGCCUGUGGAGGUUCCAAAAGCACCACAGACGGAACAGCGAAAGCGCUUGGAAGAACAGUUCCUAAAGAAGGUCAUCAAGCACCAGGAAUCAAAAGAACUACCUGAAGUACCUGCACCUGUACCAGCCCCAGUUCAUGAAGCUCCUCGCCCUGCCGAGCGUCCGGCACCACAGCCUAAGACGCAGCCGAAGGAGACCUCCAAGGUCGAGUCUCACUUCCAGCACCGAUAUGAAACUAGCACAACCACGCAGCCGACACCGAAGCUGCCCACGGGACCCUCGCCCACACAGCCUGCUAGAGUAAAGCCAGCGGAAGCGCCUCAAAAGCCCCAAACUGAGCAACAAAAGCGCAUGGAGGAGACGUUUAUGAAGAAGGUUACCAAACAACAGGAAUUCACACACGUUCCAAAGCAGCCCGACACGACGUCAGUUCGAGAGGAGAAGGACCAAAAAAGUCGGAUACGAGAACGCGAGAGAAAGCCAUCUCUCCCGGAAAGUGCGUCCGACAUUUCUGAUUCCGAUGCAUCGCUUAGAAUUCGGGAAAUCGAAACCAAGCCAUUGCAGGCGGAUAAGUAUGAAUCUUACACCAGCAAAGUAUUCAUAGGCCCACGAGUACAAGAACCACCUAUCUAUCAUAAGAUCGUUCUUGAAGAGGAUGAAAAGAAAAAGAAAAAGGAAAACAUUUAUGAGACAGUCAUACCUUUCCCUUCUCAUUUCACACCAGGCCCAGUUUCUGAGGCUCCACAGCCCGCGCCGGUGAGGAAACCCUCGCCAUCUUUGGUCGAGACAGUGGUAAAACAUGUGCCAGCUCCUAAACCAGCUAAAAAGAUCUUGCCCAAGACGACACACACAGUUGCUCGUCCUCCUGCGAGUCCUCCAUCUGCACCCAUGUUUACUGAUAAGGUCCCCGAGCCGCGUCACGUUGACACGAAACCAGCUGAGGCACCUAAGCCGGCCGAAGUGAGUAAAACGCCCACAAAAGACAAGGUCCAAUUCACUCCCACAAAAUUUGUGCCAUCCCACGCUGAGCCCACACCAGUACCAGUCCCCGAACAAGAGACCGAGUCCCCACUGACGGGUCUUAAACACGUGGAAAGUCCAAAGACAGCCCGUAAACCAGUCCCGAAGGCGCCGGCGGUGCCCUUCCCAUUCGAAAAUGGGGACGUGCCAAAAACAAAGCCAGUCUCUUUUGCCGUGCCCAGUAUCCCCAAAAAAGAAACGCAAGUCCCAAUCGUUGAAAAAAUACCACGAAAGGUCUUCAGCAAACCGAAGUCGAAGGACAUCCCGAAACCCACCCAGCCCGUCAAGCAUGACAUGCCGUCACCAAAGCCUGCGCAAGUCGGGCCAACUCAGCCGGACUCGAAAGCGUCCUCCGUGCAAAAGUGGGUCACCGAGGUGGAGAGAGCAACAAAGGAUAUCAAGGCCCAAGAAUCACCAGCUCCGAAAGCACCUCAGACAGAGCAGCAAAAACGCAUGGAGGAAAAGUUCAUGAAAAAAGUCAUCGAGCGCCAAGAGUCUAAGGAGCUUCCCGAAGUGCCUGCACCAAAGCCAGUGCCAUUGUAUGAAGCCCCAAGACCAGCUGAACGUCCAGUGCCCCAACCGAAGGAAUCUCCUGCCAUACAUGACUUCCGGGAUUCUAAACAUGAGACAUUCAAGACGUGCACAACAACCAGAGAAACUGCAGUGCCAGUGGAAGCUCCGGCCCCGGUCCCAAGUCAAACUGAACAGCAGAAAGUGAUGGAGCGCAAGUUUCUGAAGCAGGUUCAGGAGACUGAGACGACCCAUGAAGCACCGGCUCCGUUGCCCGCUCCAAAACCGAUGCCUCAGGAGGUGCGCGAUGUUCGGGAACUUCACACCCAGCAGAUACACCAAUCUAAGACGGUCACUACAACGACACAUGAGCAGACACCAUUACCUGAACAGGUGAAGCCUGCGUGGGUCGAACCUGUGCAGGCUCCAAAGGCGCCUCAGACUGAGCAACAAAAACGCAUGGAGGAAAAGUUUAUGACGAAGGUCAUCCAACACCAAGAGUCUAAAGAGCUUCCUGAAGUUCCGGCGCCCAUGCCAGCGCCAUUAUAUGAAGCUCCCCGUCCAGUCCAGCCCCCAGUACCCCAACCAAAGGAAUCGCCUGUGGUACAUGACUUCCGGGAUACCACGCAUCACGAGUUUAAGACGUUCACAACUACCAAGGAAACCGUGGCGCCGACUGAAGCACCAGCUCCAGUCCCAAGCCAUACAGAGCAGCAAAAGAAGAUGGAGCUUAAGUUCCUGAAGAAGGUUCAAGAGACAGAGAAGAUCCCCGAAGGACCGGCCCAGACACCUGCUCCAAAACCAACUCCACGAGAGGUGCACGAUGUGCAGGAAUUCCGCACUCAUCAGACCCAGCAAUCUCAGACAACGACAACAAAGACUCAUGUACCCAGUCCAGUGCCUGAGCCCAUUAAGCCUGUAUGGGUCGAACCCGCGCAGGCUCCAAAAGCACCCCAGACGGAGCAACAGAGACGUCUGGAAGAGAAGUUCAUGAAAAAGGUUAUUGAGCGUCAAGAAUCAAAGGAACUGCCUGAGGUACCCGUACCCAUGUCAGCUCCAGUUUAUGAUUCCCCUCGUCCGGUCGAACGCGCAGUUCCAGCUCCGAAGAUUUCCAAGCCAUUACAUACACGCCCCAAACUUCAGAAGCCUGCGCAGCCCAUACCUGUCAGCGUCCCCAUAGCGGUUCCGACUGAGCCAUUGAUCACGCCGCUCGUGCCUCAGAAGGCUACGUGGCAAGAAUCAAUCCCCAGUAAGCCUUUUCAGCCCGUUACUGCACCGCGCCAGACACCAAGAAAAGACGAAACGGUGCUGAAGAAGUAUGAUGAUAUAGCAAAAACUACCAGGCAAACGACCCGAGAAGAAGAAAAACGCGUGUUUUCGCCAGCGCCGCUGCCAGAUCACCCUGCGCUCCCACAGACCACUGAAAUAACUCAGUCGAAGUUAUUCGCCAGUCGAACUGAAACAGUCCAUGUGCCAGAGGCGCCGAAGUCUCUGCCUGUGCCCAAGAAACCUGCCGCCCCGGUGCCGGAGAAGCCGACUAGCGGAGUGAGGAGCACUCUGGAAAGGAUAGAAAAACAAAUCAAGGAGGAUGUCGUGACGCAGCAGCCUCUACCUGUCAUCACCCAGCCCAUCCAGCCUAAACAAACAGAGCGGACCUCUCAGAAGUUCGAGGGCACGAUGUCAUCGCAAUCUUCAUCCACGUGGCAAACGUCAUCGCACGUCACUGGGCCAGAGGCCAGACCGGCGCCCGCCCCCAUCCUCCCACUCACGCAACCGAAACACGCCGUACGGCAGACUGUGGACGAGUCUAGAAGGCAUGAGCUCACUCAGCAAAAAAUAACAAGCCAGCCGAGACCCUUGGGUGAAGACCACCCAGUCGUGAUUCGACCGCAGUCGGAGGCGCCUCGGCCGCGACAGGAGCGGACGGAGCAGACCGAGACGUCCCGUGUGUUUUCCGAGCAGACCGUGACUUCGAGCGGCAGACCCGACACCGCGCCCGUGACGCGACCAGAGCGCCCACUCCGUCAGGUCCCCAGCAUGCCACACAAAAUGGAGGUGCUGCCGAAGGCGCCGGAGACGCUGCAGCCAUAUGUGGACAGGCACGAGACGUUCAGCAGCUCGCGGACCUCGGAAAAGACUGACACCGGCCACAAGCAGACGGAGACGGCGGAGAAGAAGGGACACGAGGUGCAGCAUUCUGUGACGAAGACGCCGACCUCGCGCGCGACAAGGACGGUCGAGCAAAUGUCGUACCAGACCAUGUCGCAAUCGGUCGAGACAUCGGAAAGAGGUGUGCCGGCCGUGCCUGCUCCAAAAGUCAUAGAAAUGCGGCCUCUGGAGGCUCCCGCCCCUCAACGAACGACAAUCGAGCAGACCAAGUCCUGGCAGGAGAUGGUGGACAAGGUGGAGAAGGCGGCAUCCCUGGAGGACCAGAUUGUAAAGCAGGCCCCUCACAAGCCUGUCGCUACGCCACCAUCUCAGCGUGGCUGGACGACAAUUGAGGAUAAGCAUCAGACUGAGCAGAUCACGAAGAAGCGGUCUCACGGUGAGCAGAUAAUUCCGAUCGAGAUGCCACCGGUGUCAGGCAAGGUUUCACCGCUUCCGUCAAAGUUAUCGCAGGAACAGAAGGAGCAGCUGUCAGAGUCAAGGCACGAGGUCUGGCAGGAUGUUCCCAGCAGUCCGUUUUCCACGCCGUCCGUGUGUCGGGAGACCACUCAGAAGCAGAGCAGUCGGUUCGAAGAGCGCAAGACCGAUUCUAGCCACGUGCUCAAUAGCCGGGAGCGAAUCAUUCCUGUCGCUGGCGCACCUCAGUCCUCAGCUCCAGCUCCAGUUCAUCAGUCGCCACUCCCAGCAUCUAAACGAAAGGAGCAGCAGACGGUGGGACAGAGCUUCAACACGUUCGAGCAGACCAUUCAGCAGCCGUCGUCUGCGCCGCGAGAGACGAUCGUUCCUGUCCAGCUGACGUCGCAAAACUUGCAGAAGCAUACGGAGAGCUUCUCUACGAGGAGUAGCAGUUCCAAGCUUCAGGAGCCGCUGUCAACACCAAGGCAGGACAGCCCAAGCCAACCUGUCGCCCCUCAGGAUAUCCCCUGGCCGGAUGAACAGAUCCAGCGUCCCACCCACGUUCAGCCGCAGCAGGCACCCGCGCCAAAGCCACGAGCGCCCCCUGCACAGCAGAGGACCGAGACGACCUCGCGCGAGGAGCGCUUCCAGAAGUCCACGUCGUCCUCGUCCUCCGGGCCGGAACACGUCAUUCCGGUGGCUGUGGCUCCGCAGGCCGACAGGGCUCACGCUGGCAAGCAGAGUCAGACAGUUUCGCGCCAGUCACUGUUUGAGAAGUCUGUGACUUCUUCCGAAGACGAGCACGUGAUCCCGGCGGCUGUUUCCCCAGCAUUCGCGCCACGUCAGAACGCUACGCAAAGUGAGACCCGACAAUCCCAUUUCGAGAGGUCCGUGACCUCUGGCCGGGAGCAUGUAGUCCCGAUGGCCAUCGUGCCAUCGGCUGCAUCCCCGCACCCUGGGGAGCAGACGCAAAUGACCUCUCGCCAGUCCCUCAUUGACAAGUCCACUUCGUCCUCCGGGCAGGAGCACGUGGUUCCCACGGCCCUGGCAACGCCCACCGCUGCCGCGCCCUACGCCGACAGACAGGAGACCUCGUCCCACAGCAAGUCGCGCCAGUCUGCUGGCAACCAAGUCACGGAGACCGAGACUUCCGAACGCUCGUCGUACUCAGUCCAUCACAGUGGGUCAGUUCCGGUGACGUCACAGGGGCGGCCGGGCGUCACGCAGCGCUCCACGGAGACGCGCCAAGAGAUGCACCAGUCUAAGUCGGAGCACACCGGCAGUCAGCAGCAGCAGGCCGCGCCUCCGCGCCAGGUGCCCGCGAAGACGACGAGCGAGAAGCGCCAGGUCAUGUACGAAACCAAGACUGAGAGCGCCAGCAACAAGUGGGGCUCACAGCCUGGCACGCCAGGCUGUUCGGACGCGGGCAGCGACCGUCGUAGCCUGGCCGACUCGGUCAAGUCUUGGGGCUCGAACAAGGAGACGACGGAAACUAACAGGAGGGAGAGCACAGAGACGGGCCGAGGUCAGGUCACCAAAUGGGGUGCCGGGCUGUUCGACGGUGGUCGCGAUAUGGUGAGCACAGCACCGCGCAAAGAAAAAAGCUUCGUCGAGCAGUGGGACAAGGACGGCAAAAAUGAGCGCUAUCAGUCCAUGGGAUACACCAGCGGAAGCGACUUUGAGCAGUUCGAAGAAAAUGGUCGUUCCGUGCAGAAAGCAAAGGAGGGUAAGGAGGCCAAGAAAACUGAUAAGAAGAAAGAGUUUUCCGAAACGGAGGAGAUGCGGCCGGACGGCAAGUACAGAAUCCAGAAGACCGUAGAGACCAGAACCGAGGAAGAGAUGACGCAGAGCAAACAGAGCGAGACAACGAGAGAAACACUGCCAGAGAUUUGUCGCUGAAUUGUGGUUUACGUCAGGACAGUCUAGUCAUACACUUGAGCUAUUGGGAACGUUUGAAGUGAUGCCAACUGAUACAUUCAGAUGCCUGGUUAUAUUUUAAGGGUGUAUGGUCCUAGUUUGUUCUGUCUUUCCAUUCACCGGACAUUACGUCUGCAUUGCGGCUACACUGAUUUACCGCAAAGCAUGUAGUUUUUACCGAAUAUUUUUUUUUCCAAAUCAUAAACAUCACACCCGUAACUCCUCUUCCCCUUUAUGCUGUCCACAAUGCUUUUAGCUUUGGCUACAUCCUUUUUGCAUUUGCAUUUAUCUGCGCGUUUUGUCUAGCUGAUCUCCUGUGCAGUAAAUUCGAGCGCUUCUAGUGGCGCUUGCAAAUUAAUACUCACGCCGUAUAGAAGUUUUUAGCGGCCUGUGAACGUGGGUAGAUCGCUGGGCGCACUGCCUUCUGUAAGCGAUAGCGCGUCAGGCCUGGCACGGCUCGGUUUGGCUCGAGUUCGCCUGCACAUGGAUGGCGGUGUGAGGGACGCCGGUCUGGUUCAGAUCGAUGGACCGAGUUCUGGCGAUUUGUACCGCGGUACACGCCCUGUGGAAUGUUCACUCAGACUAUUGCAAUAAAGUUGUGGCGCGCACCGUUUGUGUUGCGUAGGCGAGGCCGAAAACUGAAGAGACAACGCGAGCAUGACGGAGAGACGAAUCGAUGAGCGGGUAAUGAAAACAAUGUCAUCAAAAAACAUAAGUCAACUUGUUUCUCCAAGUUUGUAGUUACGCUCUCAAUGUACAAAUCUUGUAAAUCAAAUGGCCCAGCCUCUGGCAGGAUUCUCCCCGAUAGCAGAAUUACUUUACCGCCGGCAACAUGGCCCUCAGCGGCGCAAA